AUGUUAUACCGGGUUGUAGUGACCUCCCUUCAUCUCCUUGCUGGUGUGUUGUGUAGAUUUCUACUGACAUCUCAUACACCGAUUGGAGAAUUGUGUGUGCUCCUCCUGUGUGUGACGCCUUGUACCGCCGAGAACCCAGGAGCGGCACCAACCAACGUGCCGGUGGCAGCCGCCGUACAUGAAGACUACGAGUAUUAUCAGGAUGGAGACGUCAUCAUCGGAGGGGUCUUCACCGUCAAUAGCCAUUUAAAGGGAAUUGCCUAUGAUUUGCUACCUCUUACCAAAACUUUUUUUAUGAUGCUGUGCUUAAAUCCUCAGCCACACUUUUAUAAGGAUCUGUUGACUUUCUUUUUUGCCAUUGAUGAAAUUAACAAGAACCCUACAAUGUUACCAAAUAUUACUCUUGGAUAUCACCUGUAUGACUCCUGUGCGGAAACCAGGAAGGCGAUAAAAAACACAUUGCAGAUUUUAUCCGGACCGGGAAAGAUGGUCCCAAAUUUCUCCUGCAGGGAACGUAAAAAAAUACUGGGCUUCAUUGGAGACCAGAGCUCUGCAACCACCACAUCUAUAGCACAGAUAUUGGGCUUAUAUCGGUAUGUACAGAUCAGUUAUGGUGCAACCUGUCCAACACUGAAAGACAAGAGGGUCUUCCCAACCUUGUUCCGGAUGGUACGAAACGAUUUUGUCAUUUAUUCGAACUUGGCUCAAAUGCUGAAGCACUUUGGAUGGAACUGGAUAGGAAUUAUUAGAUCUGAUGAUGACGGUGGGAGAGAAGAGUUCAUGGUUUUAAGGAGAGUCAUGAAUAUCUAUAAAAUUUGUAUUUAUUUUGAAUUAAUAGUUGAUGGCCACGCCUCCCAAAUUACAAAACUGGAUGAACAGGCAGAUUCUUUUAAACAGAUGCCUCUCAACGUCAUUGUACUUUGUGGGACGUUGUUUGAUUUUGAGGUUGACCUUUUACAUUUUCUAAGAGGUUAUAUAGAUGACAGAACAGUCAUCCUUGACCCUACUUGGGCAACAAACAUUCCCCUCAUUGGUAAACACCCAGAAAUAUUUAAUUGUAGUUUGUCCUUUGGGGCCAAGUCCACAAGUAUUGCAGAAUUUCAGAACUUUGCUAAUGAAUUCCAACCUCAUAAGAAACCAAAAGACAAAUUACUUGAAGAUCUGUGGAUAAAUGAAUUUGGUUGUUUUUCUGUAGAUAAACGCAAAAAUCAUCACUUUGAAUAUCUAUUUAAAAGGUCACUUCAUGAGUGCAAUGGCACAGAACACAUUACUGAUAUCCAACACUUAUUCCAUGGCGGUAAUGCCCACCAAGUGUAUCUCGCGGUUUACUCUAUGGCCACCGCCUUACAUGAUAUGCUUGGAUUCAUGAAGACACAAACAUCUGGAAGUCAGUUAUUUAGCUUUAAACCCCAGACAAAGGGCAAUGUACUAGGUUGGAUGCGGAUAUCUCUCUGGAAGAGGUGCAGGUAG